AUGCAGGUAGAGGAUGCGGGACUGCCCGGGACGUGCCGAGCGCGGGGAGCCUCGGGGAGCCGUGGCUCCUCCUGCCCUUCACGCCGGACCCGGAGACGGUUCCGGUCCUGGUGCCGACGCGGGACGCGCCUUGGAGCAGCGAACGGCGGCAGCGCAUCAGGUCGGUACCGCGCCCCUCCGCUCCCCUCCACCUCCCGACCCCGCCGCUGCCGCCGCCCGUCUCUUGCAGGGCCCUGCCCGGAGGCCGUCCCGCACCUCGUCCCGUGGCGACCCGGCUCCGACACCCGCCGCGCCGCCGUGGUGGGCCGGGGGGCGGCCCUGCGCCUCGAGAGCUCCGCCGCCUUCCACUCCCUCGUCAUCCGCGACGGAGGGAUGCUCGUGUUCGCCGACCGCCCCCACGGGCCGCCCAUCACCCUGCGGGCCCGCUACAUCCUCAUCCACGACGGCGGGGAGCUACACAUCGGCUCGGAGCGCUGCCCCUAUGGCUCGCGGGCCACCAUCUCGCUGUACGGGCGAGCCUCCGAGGGGGCGACUGUGGAGGGCUUCGGGCAGAAGUUCGUGGGCGUGGGUCGCGGCGGCGUCCUGGAGCUGCACGGCCGACGGCCCCGCUCCUGGACCCUCCUGGACAAGACGCUGCACCCCGGCGGGCUCCGGCACGGCCCCUACUCCUCCGAGAGGAGGUGGGGCAGCCGCGGGCUCAACCUCCGCGUCCUGGACGGCGGCACGGCGCGGGUGCUGGCGGCGGGGCGCUUCGACACCCACCUGCGGCCGGGCGAGGGCCGGCGGCUGAGAGCCUUCCUGGCCCGGCAGCCCCCCGGCAGCGUGGUGGCGGCGGCCGUGGGGGACUCGGCCGCCCGCAGCCUCACGCCAGAGACGCGGCUGCUGCUGCGGGACCGCCUGGGCAGCAGGUUCAUCGCCCGCCUGGGAUACAGGCAGCCCUGGGCGCUGGUGGGGAUCCUAGGAGGGGAUCAGCUCUCCACAGCAGAAGAUAAGCGGGAGUAUCACGGGAAUGGAAAAACGGGGUUAGCCAUAGCCAAAAGAGAUUUCCUCACCUACGACGGCACCCGUUUCACUGUUACUGCUUUCAGUGGGUGGAUAAAAGGGGUGCCUCAUAAUGGAUUUAAAGUGGAAGUGACCAAAGGUAUAAUUAUUCAUCUGGUGGAUGAGGUUACAAGUUGGCUACCUGGUGACCGUAUAGUCAUUGCCAGUACAGACUAUUCUAUGCAUCAGGCUGAAGAGUUUAAUCUCCUUCCUUGUCCUGAAUGUAAAAGUAAUCAAGUGAAAAUUGAUGGCAACCCACUUUAUCUUCACAUGGGAGAAGUCAUAGAUGGUGUCGACAUGCGGGCAGAGGUUGGUCUUCUCACUAGAAAUAUACUUAUUCAAGGAGAAAUGGAAGACUCCUGUUAUGGGCAAAACCAAUGCCAGUUUUUCUCUUUUGAUACAUUUGGAGGACACAUAAAAAUCCUAAGGAAUUUUAGCUCUGUUCACAUGUCAGGAGUGGAAUUAAAAAACAUGGGGCAGCAAAUCCUAGGCAGCUACCCGGUGCAUUUUCACUUGGCUGAGGAUGUGGAUGAGAGAGGAGGAUAUGGACGCCCAACGUACCUCGAUAACCUGGCUAUCCACCACUGCUUCUCUAGGUGUGUUGCCAUACAUGGAACUCAUGGCCUUCUGGUAAAAGACACCAUUGGCUAUGACACCCUGGGGCACUGUUUCUUCCUGGAAGAUGGGACGGAGCAGAGGAACACCUUUUAUCACAACCUGGGCCUUCUCACAAGGCCGGGGACGAUCCUGCCUUCGGAUCGCAGCGAGCUCAUGUGCCUCGCCAUCCGCAGCCACGUCCAUGGGAAUUACACUCCUGUGCCAAGCACUGACUGCAUGGCUGUCAGCACGUUCUGGAUUGCAAAUCCAAACAACAAUUUAAUAGAGAAUGCAGCAGCUGGUGCUCAGGAUGUCGGGAUAUGGUACAUCUUCCACCGGGUUCCCACUGGACAGUCUGAGGGGCGAUAUCCAGAGGGACAGGCUGAACAUACCCCCUUGGGAGUAUUUUACAACAACAGAGUCCACUCCAAUUUCAAGGCUGGUUUUUUUAUUGGAAAAGGAGUAAAGACAACAAGAGCCAACGCUGAAGAUCCCAGAGAGUAUCUUACUGUCGAUAAUGCCAGGUUUCGCCCACAUCAAGAUGCUGAUCCUGAAAAACCACGAGUUCCUGCUGUGAUUGAUCAUCUUAUUGCUUUCAAAAAUAAUGACCAUGGUGCCUGGGCCAGGGGCGGUGACAUUAUUUUCCGCAACUCAGGGUUUUCAGACAAUGGAAUUGGACUCACUCUGGCAAGUGAUGGGACUUUCCCGACAGAUGAAGGCUCCAGCCUGGAGGUUACACGCUCAAUUUUUGUUGGAGAAAGCAGCAACUUUGGCUCCCAGGGAGGCCAAAACAGCUACUGGGGAAAAGGGGCAAAUGGAGAAUACAGAACACUGCCCAGAAACAAGACAUUCCCUAUUCGUGGAUUCCAGAUUUAUGAUGGGCCUGUCAGGAUGGCAAGAUGCACUUUCAAGAAGUUCACCCCAACUGUUGACAGACACUCAAGUGCCAUUGGAUUCUUCAUGAAAAACUCCUGGCAGAUCAGCCCCCAGAACAAUGUGUCGCAGAUCCUGAUGGAGAAAAGUGUGGGACUGAAGGUGUUUUUUGGCAGACCAGGCCAGUGGUUUGGAAACAAUGACAAUGACGGUGACAAAAUGUCAAUCUUCCAUGACCUGGAUGGCUCAGUGACAGGGUACCCAAACACCUUUGUGGGCAGAGCAGACAACUACCUGCUGCGUCAUCCCGGGUGUCUCACUGUCCCACGCUGGAAUGGGGUGAUGUGUACAGGGAAAUUCGCACAGCUUUAUAUCCAGGCCAGACGCCCCGAGAACCUGACCUUGUCCAUUGCCAGAGCAGCCUACCCUUCCCAUCCUGUGAGGCUGCAGGGCGUGAACAGAGGAGCACCGUACCAGCAGUACCAACCUGUCGUCAUGCUCGAGCAGGAUUAUGUCAUCCAGUGGGAUGGCAGAGCACCUGAGGAUGUUAUCCUGUACCCCAUCAACUUCAGCAGAGGAGACUGGCUGCGUGUUGCCCUCUGCUAUCCCAGGGAAACCGUUUUCCAGGUGGUGGGAGACAUCUACCAGCGACGGACAGGGACGGUGCACAGUGUCCAGCACUACCUUGCUGCUCCUUCCAUCGCUCUCAACAGAACUCGUGAGCGGCUCUUCUACUUCGACAGAGGAUCAGGGUACCUAUUUGUUCACCUGCAAGCCCAUGAAGCUCGGGAAGGACACAGUUACUGCUCUCAGCAGGGCUGUGAACGUAUCAAAAUCAUGGCGCACAUGAGCCCGGGGGACUCCUGGAGCUGUGACCCCAACCCCUUCCCUGAGAGGCCAGUGGCUGCCCAGCACCCUGUGUCCCAACGCCCAGCUGGGCUGUGCAGGGCAUGUGGAGCCCCACAGGUUGCCAUCACCAGCACACCCUCAGUUGAGUAUAUAAGGAUCCAGAUCCAAUCUCUCAGCAGGGCGGACACACAAAACCACUUGACAUCUGCGUUCAUUAAGGUAAAUGGCACAGUGUUCCUCUUCAAUAGCAGUGGGAUAUUCUUCCUGGUGCUGGAUGCAUGUUCAGGAGCAGUUGUGAGUAGGUGGCAUUUUGACACAGUUGCCAGUGAAAACGCUGCCCAUGCAAUAACUGAUUAUGUUCAAACAUCCAUAAAAGAGAGAUCACUUGUUCUUGUGUGCUCUAGAAGUAUCACAGACGUGGUGGGCAGCUCUGAAAUGUCUGUUUUUACCAGGUUAGGUUCAGCAAAGCCUAUUGUCUUCCAUAAGGGAGGGAGUUUUGCCAUGCUUGGUUAUAAAGGACAAGCCAAACCCUCCUGGAUUAAAGUCCUUAAUCAUGCUGGUUAUCAGAAAGCUGCUUCUCUACAGCAUUAUGUUCCUUUGAAGCUGAAAGAAUAUCAAUGUCCAGCUAAUGCUGAUAAGUCACUAAGGUUUGCUUUUUCUCAGAUUCGCUCAGAGCACAUCCCUGCAAAGGCUGUGGCACCCCGGGGUUAGCACUGCUGGGGAGCACCAGCCAGGCAGAGCCCACCCCCUCACCAAAACCUGCUCCUGUCCUUAUAAAGUUGUACCAAACCAAUGAUGUUCACCUGUAUAUUUUAUAACCAAUAAAUAUAUUCUCAUCCUCUGUGGUAGAGCUUUAUUUUAAAACCAGUGCAUCUCAGGGCAGAACAGGAGCAGCCUGUGGGUGAAGAAGUGUUUCUAUAUAUGUGAUUUGGUAUCAAAAGGUGAGUUUUAAAGGCAAGAGCCUGCUUUCUGGUAACACUGGGACUGGAAAUGAAAUUUGGUGUGGAAAUUUUAGCAAUAUCCAGGGAAACAGCUGAACUUCAGCAGAGGUAGGGAAUUUCUCCCUUCAGUCCUGUUUUCACUCCAUUAAUGUCUGCUUUUAAAAAAACCAAAGUGUCCAUCUGCCAUGGCACCUUAUGUGAACUCAACAUCUGCUUGGUCAGUGUGCAGUGAUCUUACAACAGUGUCUUCUAACUGAAUUGAAUGCAUAGGGUGCAACAAGGAGUUAUAAACGUGUU